AUGGAUAUUCCAAAAGACCCCAAUUAUCCAGACCUUCCUGGUUUAAUAUUUGGCUGCUCCCCUUCCAAGCAUUCGAAAGCCUUCAUGAAAAUUCCACUUGGUCGUUUUCACGUUCAAGUAAAGAGUAGCGAUAAGAAAAAGGACACUCUUCUUAAACUUAUCGAACUCGAGAGAUCUAUCGGAGAGAGGGAAAAGGAAGCACUUGUCAAAUGGUUCGCUGGUGAACGUAGUUUUAGAGCUUUGGCAGCUUUGUUGAAUGAUGCUUGGAAGCCAGAGAUCGCACCAAGAAGAGUUGAUGGACCGGCGGCCAAAAAGGUGAAGCUUGAAGAAACUAAUGAUGAUAUCAUCUUCGCCGCAGUUGAUAAAUGUACGGUUUGCUUGGAAAAGCUAGCACCGGAGAAAUUCCCACAAACUCGUAUAACGAGCACAUGUGCACAUGAUCCAACGAUUUGCAGUCAUUGCGUGACUGAUCAUCUCAAUUAUCAUAUUCAGACGAAGGCAUUAGAUCAAAUUUCAUGCCCUGGGUGCCCGGAAAAAUUUUCUGAUGCAGAGAUAGAGCAGUAUGCAUCGCCUGAGAUUUUGAAAAGAGUUCGCAGAAAAGAAUUCAUCAUGUCUCUUCAAAGCCAUUCAAACUUCACAUGGUGUGUUGGUAAUCCUAGCUGCGACUCAGGUCAGAUACACACAGAACCCGAUCAACCAAUGAUGACAUGUUCCACAUGUGGUUUCAAGACAUGUGCAGCUCACAAACUUCCAUGGCACAACGAUUUGACAUGCGCAGAAUUCGACAUUUCCAAUCAAGACCGAGUUCGUGACGAAGCGAGUUCUGCAGCAUUCAUUGCAGAGAACGCCAAGGUUUGUCCAAAUCCGAAUUGUCAUAUGAGAAUAGAAUUGGAACAUGGCUGCGAUAGAGUGAGAUGUGAUUAUUGCAACUUCACAUUCUGCUAUUCUUGUUAUGCAGAUUGGAGUAUCAUAAGGAAACGAGGUAAUGAUCACCAUGGGGAAGACUGUCGCUGGCAUACGAAGAAUGAAAAUGGUAUUCCUCGACAUGGUAGAAGACGUGGACCUGCUGCCGAGAAAUCGAAGGAGGCGAAAAAGCCGAAGAAAUCAAAACAAGCGGAAAAUUUCAAGAAGACCGAUGUUGGACCGGCACCAAAAGAACCAGAUAUUUUGCAGGAACCGAAGGAAUCGAAAGAUGUAGAUCUUCCAAUGUCUUCGGGGGCAACACGUAAUCCCGCUAUUUCGGAGGACGUGAAACAUUCACAUCCACCAAUCGUAUCAUCUGAGGCAGCGGAUGGGAUGUCCGCUACCGCAAAUGGAAUGCAGUCAUUUCAGCUGAGAGCUUCGAAUGAUGUUAAACAUUUAUUGGAGCCAAAUAUCAAAGAAGAGUUGAAGGGGCGCAAUCAACCUCAAGAGCCAGUGAGGUCUUUGAAACAAACGGAUUUGACAAAAGCAUUAGGAAUGAGCCUGUCAAAUUCAUUGAAGAGGCCCCGAGAGGAGUAA